UUCAAGAAAAAGAAAAGCACCAUUUAAGCCUAAUCGUACACUUGAAAGCAAGAAAAUAAUGUGAAGGGGUAGAAAAAGAGGGUCCAAAACCUACUUUUUAUUGGCCCCAUUUAUUUGCCUAUCUCUUUCUCACCGUAAUUAUUUAAUUUAAGCUCUUUCUUUCUUUCUUUCUUUUCUUUUGUUUUUUUUUUUUUUCCCCUCUCUUUUAUUUUCUUCCUUCUUCUCAUUUUUCACUUAGCUUCUUCAAUAUUCUUCUUACUUACUACUCUCUUGUAUAGUUGUACCAAAAUAAUAACCAAAGGUGAACAAGGGUGAAAAUUCUUAAUCAUGUCAUCAAGCAACAUGAAGGGUAAAGAUUUAGUAAAUCAUCAAGGACCGUUGUCGGUGGGAGCCGGAUCCCGGUCCUUAAUGAUUGAUGAUGAGGAUCACAAUAACCAACACCAAAACCAAAACCACAACCAGAAUCAGAAUCAGAACAGACAGUCACCGGCUCCACUAAGCCGGUACGAGUCCCAAAAACGACGCGAUUGGAACACGUUUUGCCAAUACUUGAAGAAUCAAAGGCCCCCAGUUAAUGUCAUGUCACAGUGCAGCCCAAAUAAUGUGCUAGACUUCUUAAGGUACCUAGACCAAUUUGGUAAAACUAAGGUACACAUUCAAGGAUGUGUUUUCUUUGGCCAACCUGAGCCCCCAGGCCCAUGCACUUGCCCCCUUAGGCAAGCUUGGGGUAGCCUUGAUGCCCUCAUCGGACGGUUACGAGCCGCCUACGAGGAGAACGGAGGUCCACCCGAAACCAACCCUUUCGCUAGCGGCGUGAUAAGGAUGUACUUAAGGGAAGUGAGGGAUACUCAAGCUAAGGCUAGAGGAGUUCCUUACAAGAAAAAGAAGAAGAAGAGAAGCCAAUUGAAAGCUGCUGCAGCAGCUGCUGUUCUUGUUGCUAGUAGUAGUAAUACUAGUGAUGGAAGUUCACGGUUUCCCAUGCAAUCUCCUUCUUGAUCAAUGAUCAUAUUCUAUAUAAUAUGAAGUCAUACUAUAAUUAGUCUUUUGAUCUAAAAGACUAUAUUAUAUAUAUAUAGGUAAUUUCCCAUCUUAAAUUUCCUUAGGUUCAUGUUUUUAAUUUGUUUAUUUGCAUACAUUUUGAAGAAUUUUUGUUUUUGAUUGUUACAUAUAGUACAUGUUAUUAUAUCUUGCUACUAGUAAUAUAUACACUACAGGAAAUUGGGUUUAA